AUGUCGUCCUCCAUCAUUGAAACCAUACCCAUCGAUCACGUGCCUGCCGAUCACGUCGUUCACGUUGCUUUCUUCAAGGAUAUUCAGAACGCCGCCUUUUUGCACCAACAGCUCCUCGACCGCAACGCAGACUUUGAGUAUGCAUUGAUCGAUGCCUCCGUGGCCGUCUCCCGAACACACAUACUCGCUGCAGCCUUCAAGGCCGUGACCGCAAAGGUUGACGGCAGUCUCAAGACCCCAAACGUUCACUCCGAGCUCGUCGCAUCCCUCAGCUCUGCCAACAAUAUCGCAGAAGCCUACCGUCGCUAUGGUAUUAGCCCGUCGACCAAGGACGUGAUCGUCGUCAAGAUUACCUCCCCAAGCGGCCCACCCUCUGCCCAAGACGUCGAGCAACAUCUCAAGGACAACUUCCAGGGUUCCCCGACCCCGUUCACGGACGAAUCCAUCUCAACAUCGACAGAUUGGGCCAAGGUGCGCAAGUACUACAAGUUAAAUGGUCUCGCAUGGCUCGACGCUAUCAAGGACGAAGCGGAGCGCAGAGAACAGCUGGAGACUCUGGUUCUGGGUGCAAUGGCAUUGCGCACGGCAUAA